CAGUACAUGGUCAACAUUGAUUUGCAGCCUUGGUAUACCAUUCGCUCCGCUGUCUUGCGACACAACUCCUUUGUGAUGAACAAACAGACCAAACUGCCCUCGAGAUUCUAUAGCAGAAUGACUAAAGACGCUGUAAUUGUCUUGAAAGAAGGAACAUUUCAUAUACUGCAAAAUUCCUUUGAAAAUCCCAACUUUAACUAUCAAGUCGCAGCCGCUCUUGUUGCUCAUGGAAGAGUCAUAAAUGCAAGCCACAAUUGGUGGGGGACAAAAGACGAAUGUAGGAUAAAGGACUUGAUAUUUGAUAAGGAAGAUAGACUUGAUCUUGUCAAAGCUGAUUAUUUUCCCUAUUUGCUGAGCAACCAUAGCUCAGAUAUUAUUUCAUCAAAUACCACCAGGCCUUUGUGCUUUCUCAAAGACUCGCAUUUGGGCGGUACACUAAACAGGCACUUAAUAUUAUCCAACAAAUCAGUCCCAUAUAAGGUGGUGAAUGAUUUAGUCAUUCUUCCGAAGGGAUCUCUCGUCAUAGAAUCUAACGUAACUCUGAUAUUUCCUCCAAGAUCUGCGUUCGUUGUUCAAGGAAGCUUGAACAUUUAUGGCGAAGAAAGCGCAACUGUGAAGUUCACUCUAGACAAGGUUGUUGACUCAAGAAUACGACUGAAGAAUGGUUGGUACGGCAAUCUUGAGAUUAAAAUCAACAGUACAUGGAUGACUCUAUGUGUCAAGAGAAACUUUUAUUUUCAACCAGAAAUGGUCUGCAACCACUUCAAUCUGGAGUAUGAAAGUUAUAACCGGUAUUAUCCAAGUGGAAAAGAACAUGGCUUUAUCAAUAACUUAAAUUGUGAUCACAACAUAGCCCUGGACAUGAGUCCAUGCAACUAUGAAAACCUUAGAUAUACUCCACGUUGUGAUGAUUAUGUCUUGUACCUUCGAUGUAAGAGACCCUACUGGUCUGGUGUUCACCUUGCCAUGACUAAAGCCAAAAAUAGUAUUAAGCACCUUGAGAUCCACGAAGGGGGUCAUAAUUACAGAACAGACCUCAAAAUAACCUCAGCAGCUUUAAGAGUGGAUUUUGAUGACCACGUCCUGAGAAAUAUARUGGUGAAGAAUUCAGCAUCUGUUGGUGUACAGGUUUUGUAUUCAAAUCCCUUCAAAAGCGUGCCAACUUUAUCUAGUUCCUUGGUAGAGGGUACUGAGUCCAACGGUUUGCAGAUCAGUUUUUCCCAUACAGCUCUAGAUCGUGUUAACAUCAUAGAUGCUAAAGGCAACGGUCUUUAUUCAAAAAGCUUGUGGAACGAUCUUGACUUAGAUGCUCAAAGAAUGUCCGACCAUAAAUUUAUUCACCACGUCUCUAAUUGUAAAGAAAAGACGAUAUUCGUCAAAGAAGGCCACACAAAGUAUUUAAUCUUUUCGCCCAUCGAAAAUCCUGUAAGUUUGACCUGCGAACAAGAGAUAUAUACGACGAACAGCUCAACUAUUGGUGUGCAAAUGGUCUACAAAAACCUCAUGUCACAUUCCUGGUAUAUAAAAGCAUGUAGUGGUAACAAAGAAUGGGAGCUGAUAGAUAUGUUAUGGGAAGACAGACCUGUUCUAUAUGCAAACAGCUCAAGGUUCUCUCUUCAAUUUAUAAAGUCAUAUGGUAGACGUAACAUUCUUGUACACUUAUUGGUUUUUACUCUAAAUGCCACGAAUACAAUGAUGUCUCAACAUGGCAAGCUUUCAAUGACAAAUUCUACCAUCAAGAAAACUUCCGAAAGUGCGAUUUAUAUCUAUGGCAAUCAGCUGCAGUCUAUCAACUUACAAAACUCAACAGUUCAAGAUAGUCUCAAAAAUGGGCUUGAAAUGACCUUGUCAAGAACGAGUCUUUUGAUCCAAUCUUCUGUUAUUGAACGUCACUCACAGUGUGUCUUCUUAGGUUAUCAAAAGUACUUUAUUGGUAUCCGAGGCAACGUUCUCAUCUCAAACAGCGUAAUUUCUGAGUGUAGCGAAAACGGGAUUUACAUUUUGUCUCAUGGAAGGAAAAAUAUAACUAUUCACGAUUCUUCAUUAUCCAAUAACACUGGAAUCGCGGUUCACAUAUAUGGAUCAAUAUCUGACACUUCCCUUUACAUAAAGGGAUGCAGAUUUUACUGGAAUCAACGCCAAUGUAUCAAUGCGAACGGCAAAGAGGACAGUGGCUCUUCAAUAGAAUUUCUUGUGGUGAAUAAUUUCUUUACCAACAAUGGCGGGCGCGUUAUCAACAUUGAGCAUGCUACAUCAUUAACAAAAUGGCUCAUUGAGGGAAAUGUCUUCUUUAACAACUCUGAACCUUCUGUAUUUUCGAUUGGAGUAGAAUUCUCGGAUGUGUCAUAUGCCGUUAAAAAUAACAGCUUUAUUUCCAAUCGAUGUACUAAAGACGCUGUCAUAGACUUACGCUAUAAUGCUCGAUUUGUGGAUAUCAAUCAGAACACAUUUGUGGGAAACUUGGGACCCUCGGUAAUUGUGCAGACUGCUGUCAAAUCACUUCCAUUAAUGAUCGUGGGUAAUACAUUCAAACACAAUGUUUGUCCUGGUUGCCCAAUUUUAAAGUGCCUCCGAACAGAAAAGGAGACUAUUAUGAUGGAGAACAACACUAUGAUCAAUAAUACUGGUCAUACGAUGAUAUCGAUCCAAGCUGUUUAUGACAUUAACUCCAAAACAGCCUAUCAAACACUGACUUUGGUAAACAACACGAUUAAACAUAACCAUCCAAGUACAAGUUCAGCAUUUUCUGAAGUCAAGUCAUGUAUUAUUGAGUUGAAUGGCAUCUUGAUUUUCAAAAAUGUUCAAUGGCGACGAAACAAACUUAGUAACUCACAAUAUGACUACGAAUUGUGUCUUCAUACCCUUGGCUUGUCUCAGCUGCCUCAAUUAAACGCCAAUGAAACAUGGUGGGGAACGAACGAAGACAUCUCAAGAAGAGUUCUCAGUUUUGAUAUUAACUAUGAAUACGGCAUCGUCAACUAUGGACACUUUCUUGCCUUAGAAAAUAAGGUAUUGAAAACAAAAGUGUAUGACGCUGACUCUGCAUUCGAUGAGUUGUUUGAAAAGUCAAUACUCAGGGGAAGGAUACAUAAAUCUAUAACCCUCCGACGCCAAAACAGCCCUUUCAAGGUUCUUGGAGAUGUUACUGUGCUACCCGACACCGUGCUUACAAUAGAACCUGGAGUAACUGUUCAGUUAGCACCAUACGCGAGUAUAUUAGUGCUUGGAACACUCAUUGCAAGAGGUGAUAAAGAACACCACAUCACCUUCAAGCACAUUGAUAAUUCCAAGAAUACUGAAGCACUUCCAUUUGACAUUCGGUUAAUGGAUGGGGAUUUUCCUUGGCAUGGUCGAUUGGAAGUUUAUCACAAUACAAGUUGGAAACCGUUAUGUACAGAGAAGUGGAUAAGACAAAACGUCAUUGUUGCCUGCCAUCAGCUUGGUUAUGAUGGUCCAAAUUUGGACAUGAGCCCAAUAAGAUUCGGUAAUACAGAAAACAAUCUGACGUAUCCUUUUGAGGUAUUGUGUUCUGGAAAUGAAUCAUCUAUUGCAAAGUGCUCAAAGAAUUCAACAUGUCAAAACAUCCGUCGCUGUCAAAGUGUCGUUGGAUUAAGGUGCCAUGGAAAAGAAUGGGGAUCUAUUCGUUUUUCACGCCCUCCGAUUGAAAAAAUCAAUGCAAGUAACAGUACAUCAGUUCUUGAAUACGUUGACAUUAUGUACGCUGGGAAAAGGAAAAGCUCAAAUACCUCGGCUAUUGAAAUGAUUCGAAGAGUUCCAAUAAUAAGACAUAUCAAAGUAUUUAACUGUUCCUCUGGGGGUCUCACCAUCGUGUUACCAGAUAAAAACCACAAAAUUGAGAAGAGUCAGUUCAUAAAUACUGGAGGAACAGGAGUAACAGUUAUGGAAAACACGAAAUCUAUUGUCAUUCAAGAUUCUUACAUAUCUGAAAACAAUAAUGGUCUCCUUUUUAUUCGUUGGGAUGAUCAAUUAAUCAGCUCGUUCGUCGGACAAGAUGGAGUGUUUUUGUGUGAUAAUAAAAUGCAAACGAUAGAUGUAAAAGAAAGCGAAUUCCUUUAUUUUGAAACGACACCAGCUAAAGGUUAUACUAAUGAUUAUCCCACAGUCGAAUGUCAAAAAACACUUCGAACUGAAAAAGGCAUGGGAAUAAUUAUUAAAGUUUUGAGCGUCAAGGGGACACAAACCCUACGUGUUCAUGUUGGUCAAACUGAAAUAAUAAACACUGAAACUUAUGGUUUGAAGGGUGACUAUUUAUACGUCGAUUUUGAGGAGAUACAAUUAAGCUGGAAAGGAACAUUUUCCUCGCAAGUUGUGCUUCUCGCUACUGCAAUAGAACUGAAAGAUAUGCCAUGUACUUUUAUUAGACGUAAUCAUAUGUGCGGUUGGCAAAGUGUCUUAAAUAAAAGGGUCCUGGGAAUGUCAACGAAUCUCGCGUUUAAAAAUGUUUAUGAUGCUGUAAGUGGGCAUACGAUUGGUCUACCUUCAUAUUUAUAUUGGCGGCACGAAUAUUAUGCUAAUCUUGUAAGCCCUAUGAUCACCCCAAAUGCAACAGCAUGUCAACUGAAUUUCGAGUACAGCUUUUUUCAGCACAAUUAUUUAUGGCUGGCAGUGAUACUAGAGGAAUACGAGAACGGAAAACAAAUUCAUUCUAAAUUAUGGUCAUCUGAUGAAGAAGAAACUCAGGAGAGAUUAUGGAUGAAUACUUCAAUUAAAAUUCCUUUAAGAAACAAGCCUUUCAGACUUGUGCUGUUCGCGCACAUCAAAAGUCGUGCAUGGAGUCGUUAUAUUUAUUUCAAGAAUUUGAAGUUUGAAAACUGCUCCGCUGAAAAUAUCAAUGUCAAUGGGAAUUCCUUUACGAAGAACCGAAAACAUAGUAUUUUGCUGCAAAGUAACGUCCCGAUUCAGCAAUUCAGCAUAAAGAUACACAGAAACAAGUUAACUAAUGCCGUAGAUGACGCCAGCACCGGUACCAUCAGAAUUAACACAUAUAACAAUCCAUUUUAUAUAUUAAAUAACUUUAUAUCGAAUAACAACAAUGGAGGCGUUUAUGCAACUGUUGGAAACAGCCAUGGCAAUUUGGUCAUAAAAAGCAUGAUUGAAAGAAAUUAUUUCGAAGGCAACAAAAAGGAAACAAUAUACAUAGAUGCUGGAUACGGCGGAAAGGCCUUUAACAUCGAUAUAUUUGGUAACAAUAUUAAUGGUAACAACGGUACAGGCGCUGGCCAAGCCAUACACAGCAACAUUAAGUUAUCUCAGGUUGUUUGUACUCUGGAAGAAAAUUUUGUUUACGAUAAUUAUGGCAGGUACAACUUAGAGAUCAUGCUGAACAAGAGAACCAUAGUUAAUAGAUUGAUAAAAGUUCGAAACAACACCUUUUAUCACAAUCGUGGGCUGAUAAAAGACUAUGUGUCUACAAUGUAUUGUAAUGGUCCUGUGGAGAUCUACAAGAAUGUCAUCAAGAAUCCGUCCAAUCUUUAUGAGCUUGUCACAGACCGAGCAAGUUCAUUUCGAUCGAUAAAUGCAACUGAUAAUUGGUGGGGAUUUGGGUUACCAAAGAUUGUUGGGAAGCGUAUUCUUGAUCUGUUUGACGAUGCAAAUCUUCCUAAAGUAAACUACCAUCCCUAUAUACGACUCAGGCCGCCAGCUGCCGUACCAUUGUCUUGCCCAUAUGGAUGGAGUUUAUAUGAAGAAUCUUGUUUUUUGUACAAUGGAGGGCCCUUAUCUUUCCAUAAAGCUGAGGAAUACUGUCUGAUGUAUGGGAGCCAUUUACUUAGUUCUAGCCAGGAGCUGGAUAUGAGUUUCAUAAAGACUACUUUCCAUAGUGACAAACAAUCCAACAGUGGAAUUAGAAUGAGAGUGUGGAUGACCAAUAAUAAUAAGAUUUCAGGAUAUUCCGUGUAUGAGCAAGAUAAUAACUUUAUUAUCACGCCAUGUGAAAGUCUACAACCAUUUGCAUGCUCCAAAACUCCGGUGAUUCGUUGUCCAAACAACUGUUUCCAUAAUGGUAAAUGCGUUGGAACGACGUGCUUCUGUAAUAAGGGGUGGACUGGCCCUGACUGCUCAAAAUUCCACUGUAACAAUCUUCGUAACUGUUCUGGACAUGGUACCUCUCAUAGAUUGCAAUUGGCAGCUUUGUAA